AUGCCCACCACGCUGAUCGCCCUGCCCCUGUUAGCGUUGGUCUCCAUCCCCCUCGCCUUGAUAGCAUCCUUCACCAUCUUCCUCUCCACCGUCACAUUAUACAUACAAUUCUCCAUCAUCUGCUUCAAGCUAUGCUCCGCGCUCCUGACAAAUCUCUUUACCAUUCCGCAAUCAACCAGCUGGUCCCUCCUAAGCUUUACAGUCUCAGAACCCACUACCCCAGCUAGACGCCGAUCAUCAGACUAUGGCGUCUUCCAUGGCCCUCUUCUCUCACAGCAAAUCCGCGCCCAGGGCCAGAAACAGAGCCAUCCAAGUCUCCCUCGUCUGGGUAGCUCAAACCCAUCGGAGAGCCCAGAGAGUCAAGAAAGUCCAUUGCAAUUGCACAGCUUUGAUAGCCGAUUCACGCUCAGACCUAAUCUCCGCAAGGGCCCACCAUACACCCAAACCAGCGGUUUCUUAGGACUCACCAAUGGAGAUGAAGACCGGGACUUUGAAGGAUUAGGCGGCUGGAGGUGCCCACUGUCCUCGACCAGGUCCCCGGGGUAUCGAUCUGGACGAACAACCCCGUCCUCCACUCACAGCGCCAGCGACGAAGCCGACGAAACCGCCUGGCUCUCAAUCAACAGCCGGCUAGAGCUUCCCUCUCAACCUCUCACCCUCCGACACGGAAGCAGCAACGUCAACGACACGCAGGCUGAAACCACCACCCCAACAUCGACCUCAGACACGCACCUCCCCCGACGCAAAAACAGCCGAGUCACCAUCUUCGAAACCAAGGACCGCAAGCGAACCAAAAGCCAGGGCCAGAACUUGGCCCAGGGCCAUGGAAGCCACCGGCACCACCGCCGCUCAGCAACAACGUCCAUGCUAGCCGGGUACACCAGCACGCCGCGCUCUCCAUCAUUGCAACCGCCUCGGCGCCACGAUCCAUCCUGGGAUCAGACGAGUACUUCCCAGGGUCAAGGUAUAUCCAUGCGCUCACAGUCCCAUACCUCGCUCUGCGAGCACUGGGCUCGGCACGCGGUGCCGCUGACGAGUACACUGAACUCCGGGCUAAAAAAUGGUAAUGGUAACACUGGGUACUUUGCUCUGCAGCCGCAGGGGGAUUCCGGGAGUAAUAACGGAGCGAGAACGACGAGUAAUACGACGCCGAAUGAGGAGCGGAAGCCGGCGAGGGUUGUUGCGGCGGGACUGGGUGCUAUGUCGCAGUUUAUUCCUUCGCUGGGGGGUCGGUGA